AUAAUUAGAAGAAAGGGAGAGACAGAGUGGUGUUGUUGUAUUGUGUUCGUCUCUUUUAAAAACUUGCGGCGGCGGACACUGAGUUACACGGCGGUUCUUAAGUUUCUUCUUCCUUUCUGAAUCUUUCUUUAAAAAAAAAAAAAAAAGGUUUUUGCUUUCGCUGUAAUUGCAAACUGGCGAAGUACCCCACUUGCUUCUACUCUUGUCUUCAAAGGUUCUCCUUUUUUAUUCCUUUCUCUUCUUCCACCAAAUUAAACAAAUGGGUUUGGUGGUUGCACAUGAGUGAAAAACAAAAUAAACUCACCAGAGUUAAUUAAGUUUUGAUUCCUUCUUCUUGUUGUUUGAUUCUCAGUUAAGUAAGUAAAAAUUAAAAUGUUUCAGUAGUGAGUCUUAAGAGAGAGAGAGAGAGAUGGGAGUUGUUGUUGUCUGAACAAUGUCACUUUCUGUCGGCAUUGUCUGCGUUCCGACACAAGUCUUGCUUUCUUCUUCUUCUUCUUCUUACCUUCAAGUUCUAGAAGAAACUGCGGCGGUGGUGUGAUUUGAUGUUUCUUUGGUCUUCUUGAAAAUACACUUUUCCAUUUUCACACCAAGCUUCUUGAUUAGAAAAAGAAAAAAACCCCAACUUUGAUUUUUCUUGAAUCUGGUGAUUUUAAGGAAUUUUUUCUCUUCCUGUCAUUGAAUGUAGAGAAAGAAAGAAAAAAAAAAAAAGAGAAAUUUUUUUUGUGGGGAAUCACGUCCAUCGAUUGUUGAUAUUUAAUCGCCGAUGAAGUUGAGAUUUUCUGGAGAUCUGUCAAGGGUUAUCGCAUGGUAGCAGUAGUAGUAGUAGCUUGUAGCAUCAUCGCUGAGAGAGGAGAAGAGGCUGUUUUGUUUUCCCGAUGUCAGCAAUUCUUGCAGCUGCCAUCGGUGGUGCUGUAGGAGCUCUUGCAUUGAUUGCUUUGUUUGUUUUUCUCCUUUGGUUUUGUGUCUUUCGUCGUAAGAAUCUCUCUAGAACUUCUGAGACUGGCUCUUCUGAUCCAUCUACUCAAGAAGGAAGAAAUGUUGCAAUUGAGUUGUCAAUGAGAGAAGCUAGAAGGUUUGAAAUGGAGGAACUUGCUCAAGCCACCAAGAGUUUUACCAAUAAAAGUCUUAUAGGUAUUGGCAAAUUCGGCGAGGUUUACAAAGGUUUGCUUCAAGAUGGUGUUCUUGUAGCUAUUAAGAAAAGACCUGGUCUGCCUACUCAAGAGUUCGUUAACGAGGUUCGUUAUCUAUCUUCUAUCCAUCACCGUAAUCUUGUUACUCUAUUGGGUUAUUGCCAAGAAAGCAACACACAGUUUCUUGUCUACGAGUAUGUUCCUAAUGGAAGUGUUUCCAGUCACCUGUACGGAGCUGGUGGUAAAGUACCUGGAAAUAGGCUAGAAUUCAGACAUAGGCUUGCAAUAUCUAUAGGAGCUGCUAAAGGCUUGGCACAUCUUCACUCACUGAGUCCUCGAUUGAUACACAAGGACUUCAAAACCGCUAAUGUUCUUGUGGAUGAAAAUUUCAUUGCUAAGGUUGCGGAUGCAGGAGUUCGUAAUUUCUUAGGAAGAGAGGAAGUUGGUACAUCGUCUCACAUUGUUGCAGAUCAGAUUUUCCUCUCCCCUGAGGUUCAAGAGUUCAAAAGAUUUUCAGAGAAAAGUGAUGUGUAUGCUUUUGGUGUAUUCCUCUUGGAAUUAGUGAGUGGAAGAGAAGCAUCAGAACCAUCCCCUUCAAGCUCAGCACAGACUCUAGUCGAAUGGAUGCAAAAGUUAACUGAUUACGCGGAUAUACCAAUGAUGAUUGAUGAGAGACUAGGAGGUACAUACACAGCAGAAGGAGUUGAGGAGCUUAUUACAUUGACACUGAGAUGUGUUGAUGUUUCAAGUGAAAAGAGACCAACAAUGAGUUAUGUUGUGACAGAGCUUGAGAGAGUAUUGGACAAAGAAGUGAGCUUAACAACAGUAAUGGGUGAAGGUACUCCAACUGUUACUCUUGGAAGUCAGCUUUUUAAAGCAACCAAGUAAUUUAUAAAGGAAGCAUCUUUUUACAUAUAUAUACAUAUAUAUUAUAUAAGUUCUCUGAGACAAAACUAAUCAGAGAACUUAAGAGGAGAAAGAAGAAGAAGAAGACUGAUCAGCUGUUUUGUGUUUAAGUGUAUAAAGAACAGCUGAGCUUUAUUAUUAUUAUUCGUUUGUUUUUUUUCUUUUUUUUUUUCCUCCUUUAUACUUCCUUUUGGAGGUUAUUUUCAGCAAUUAUUUUUUGGCAAUGAGUGCAGAAAAUAUAACUUUGUAAAAACAUUAUUUAUUGAUAUAAAGGAAGCAAAGAGUGGAAUGUUGUGUGAUA